UUCUAUCCGUGAUCCCGACCGAGGCGAGGAGGAGGAGGAGGAGGAGGAAGAAGAGGAGGGAGGGAAGGGAAGGGAAGGGAAGGUGGUGGUGGUGGUGGUGGUGGGAAAGAUGUUCGCCUCGGUGGGCCCUCGGGGCGGCCCGCGCAAACCCGUCGCCCCGGCCAUCCCGGAGCCGGACCUGAGCCAUCUGACGGAGGAUGAGAGGAAGAUCAUCAUGGCUGUUCUGGCUCGGCAACGGGAGGAAGAGGCGAAGGAGGAGGCCAUGUUAAAAGAAGAGAAGCCUAUCCAAGCAAGAACGGUGAACCUGGUUGGGCAGAAGAAACCUCCGCAGCAAAACGACGUCCGAGGUAUCCAGCAGCAGUUGUCCAGCUACAGAGAGACAGUGAUCAGGCAGGCAACGGUGGCAGCGGGCUCGGCCGUUCACCGGGACGACGCACCAACAUGCGGCAUCUGCCACAAGACCAAGUUCGCAGAUGGCUGCGGGAACCUGUGUUCGUACUGCCAGACCAAGUUCUGUGCCCGUUGCGGGGGGCGAGUCUCACUGCGAUCCAACACGGAGGACAAAGUGGUGAUCUGGGUGUGUAAUAACUGCCGCAAGCAGCAGGAGAUCCUGACCAAGCCAGGCGAGUGGUUUACUGGUCCGGCUGGGAGACCCGCUGGCCUCGGUUCAGCCGUCAGCGAGCCAUCUGUGUGCCAAACGCCCGGUGACAAGAAGCUCCGGUCCCGCUCCCAAGCACCCCCAGGCUCCACCACCACAAUCCAAGACCCUAACCGACCCAGCGCACCCGGGACCACACCUGGAACCGAUGCUCGGUCACGUAGCGAACCACCACGAGACACGAGAAAUGGAAGAGGAGGCGGAGGAGCUGGUCGUGGAGAACGUCGGCAAGGUCAGCCCAGACUACAGACCCAGGUCUCUAUGGACCGGGACCUCCGGGGGGAGUCCAGGGAGCGCAGGGAAAGCCGGCGGCUGACAAAGGGACGCUCUCUGGAGCAUGAUCCUGUAGGAGGUGGUGGUGGUGUAAGACGGACAGAAGAGGGGGGCUACCACCACAUGGACCACAGCGGUGCCCCUCCUCGCCAAGCAGGGCCGGUCCCUCCUGGAGGCCGGGGCCACCCUGUGCCCGCGCAGGGUCGUGGUAUGGGCGUAGCAGGGGAGGUUGGGGAUGGCGUGCGGCCUGGUCAGAGGACGGUGGGUGGGGUUGGCGGGCCGCAUGAACACACCCUUGCUCAGCAAGUUCCUCCCCCUGAACUCAGAGAACCUCCCAGUUCAGGCCCUGGCUCCGCCCCUGGCCAGGGACCCGUGGUGAGACGGACUAAACGGGAGAAGGCUGAGAGCAUGCUCCGCAAUGAUUCACUAAGUUCUGACCAAUCAGAAUCUCUGCGCCCACCGCCACCGAGGCCCUACAAGUCGAAACGAGGGCUGGGGGCCGGAGGGAAGAGGCAGACCAGCGUCAGCAGUUCAGAAGAGGAGGGAGGGACCACGCCUGAGUACAGCAGCUGUGAGGAUGCUGAGAUCGAAAGCGUCAGCGAGAGAGGAGACUGGGAGUGCUACCCACAUGACCCCACUGUAUGGCAUCAUCCUGUAACCUGGCAACCGUCCAAGGAGGGAGACCAUCUAAUUGGACGAAUCACCCUCAGCAAGAGAAGCGCCGCCAUGCCUAAAGAAGCCGGAGCUCUGCUGGGGUUAAAGGUGGUGGGAGGCAGAAUAACAGAGUCAGGGAGAUUAGGUGCCUUCAUCACUAAAGUCAAGAAGGGAAGCCUGGCUGAUGUGGUGGGACAUCUCAGAGCAGGGGAUGAAGUUUUGCAGUGGAACGGGAAGCUGUUACCGGGGGCAACCAUGAAGGAAGUUUAUAACAUCAUACUGGAGUCUCAAGCUGAGCCUCAAGUGGAGCUGGUGGUAUCCAGACCUAUUGGGGUGUAUAGAAAAUAUCAUGAUAUCCCAAGAAUCCCCGACACGUCCCACCCUCCAUUAGAAUCUACAGGUUCCAGUUCUUUUGAGUCCCAGAAGAUGGAGAGACCGUCCUUAAAUGUCCUAUCUCCCUCCAGUCCCGGGAUGCUCCAGGAUGCUCCACAGUUGAUGCCGGGGCAACUCUCAGUGAAGCUGUGGUAUGACAAAGUGGGCCAUCAGCUAAUAGUCAACGUACUGCAGGCUGUAGAGCUUCCUCUUCGGCCUGACGGGCGUCCCAGGAGUCCCUACGUCAAAAUGUACUUCCUCCCUGAUCGCAGUGACAAGAGCAAACGAAGGACAAAAACGGUGAAGAAGACCUGCGAGCCCAAGUGGAACCAGACGUUUGUCUACACUCACGUCCAUCGAAGGGAUUUCCGAAACCACAUGCUGGAGCUGACUAUAUGGGACCAACCCAGGUCACCAGAAGGGGACAGCGCCUUUAUGGGAGAGAUCCUGAUAGAGCUGGAGACGGCCUUACUGGACGAAAAGCCUCACUGGUAUCCACUCCAAACCCACGAUGUCUCAUCCAUACCGCUGCCCCGACCCUCCCCGUACCUUCCCCGACGACACACACACACAGACGCCCCCGGCAAGAAGCUGCAGCGUUCACAGCGUGUAACAGAGCCUGAAUUUGAUGAGGGUACAGCAGUAGUGUCUAAAGCAGCGGACGGGCGCGGCAGGGAGAGGCAGCGGGAGUCCACGUCUACCCUGGAGGUGCCGGAGCAGCAGAGGAUGCCGGCCCAUCACAUACGUUCCCGUUCAGUCUCCCCACACCGCGAGGAGCAGGGACGAAUCCGCUCACGCCCACCCAACAUUCCCGCCCAGAGGAGUCUGGAUGACGAGCUUCCUCACACUCGUCGUUCCCGUUCUCCGACCCGCUACUACGAUGCUGCCAGGGGUCGUCACCAGGAGGAGGAGUACCUGGACGACAGUGAGGUCAUCAUGAUCCACCAGUCAAUGCGAGGCAAAAGUGCCGAGUGCCUACACACCAGGAGAUCUACUAGGCACAAUAACACACUGCCACCUAAGAUGCCACUUUUGUUCAAUGGUAUCCACAAACACACAAACAGUGAUCUGCAGCCCUCUCUGGACAGGGUUAGGAGCGCUAGUGCCAACUGUCUGACUCCAGACAAUCAUGCCCCCUCACCAGAGACUGAAAGAAAAUCUUUCUCCCAUUCCCUGCCCCGGAGACGUCCAGCAAGUCCCAGGAUUCUUAUCCAACAUGCUUCCCCUGAAGAUGACAGAAUAUGGAUGCUGCUUCCCUCUCAAGAGACUUUAAUUCACCUCAGUACAAAGAAGAGGCAGCCUCGGACACACCUGGAAACACCUGAAUGUCAUACUCUUGGCAGGAAGCUGUCUGACAGUGGCAGGGGCCACCUCCAAGGUGGUUCGUCUCUUUCCUCCUCAGUGACGUCCUCCACAGCCCGCAGAGUAAGGCAACUCCCACAGCUUCCCCCCAAGAGCAGCACCGUAGAACAAGCCCUGGUAGCAGAGGAGUGUGUUCGUCAGCUCCAGAUGAGGGUUCAUUCCAACCGGGUGUCAGCCGCCUCCACCUCCAGCCAACAGGACCUGGACCGAUCCCUCAAGAACAAACGGGAGCUCUACAAGGACCAGAGGAGGAGCAGUGAGAAUGUUUCCCAUAAGUCCUCAGACAGUGAUGUCAGCGACGUGUCAGCCAUCUCUCGAACCAGCAGUGCCUCUCGCAUCAGUAGCACCAGCUACAUGUCCAUCCAAUCAGAGAGACCCCGGGGACGCUUCAGCAGGGCCAUGCGCGCGACAGGACGCCACAUGAUAAAGAGCACCAGCGUUAGCGGGGAGAUCUACGGCAUGGAGCACACUGACGGCAGCCAAUCAGACACAGCGCUCGGGAGCCUCGGGAGCGGGAUCAAGAAGCGGCGCUCGAGCCUCAGUCAACGUGUUGUCGCCAUCCUGCCAUCCAGACGCAGCCGAAGUACCUCGCAACUCAGCCAGACAGAGGCGGCGGGUAAGGCGGCGGAAAGACAGAAAGAGGCGACAGCGGGCAAGAAGGUGGGUAAGGCCGGCAGCAGCAGCAUCCAGAGGAGUGUGGAGACGGGUAUGGCCGUGGAGUACCCGAGGGGAGGGACGGCCAUGAACCGGCAGGCCAGCAGAGAGUCGACUGAUGGCAGCAUGAACAGCUACAGCUCUGAGGGGAAUCUGAUCUUCUCAGGUAUGCGGCUAGGUGCCGACAGUCAGUUCAGUGACUUCCUGGAUGGUUUAGGCCCAGGUCAGCUGGUUGGCCGGCAAACACUGGCCACGCCCGCCAUGGGUGACGUUCAGAUCGGUUUGAUGGAUAAGAAAGGCCAGCUAGAGGUUGAGGUGAUCAGGGCACGAGGCCUUACCUCCAAACCAGGCUCCAAAUCCCUCCCAGCUCCCUAUGUCAAGGUCUACCUGCUGGAUAAUGGAGCUUGCAAAGCCAAAAAGAAAACCAAGAUUGCACGAAAGACCCUGGAGCCGCUCUACCAGCAGCACCUGCUCUUUGAUGAGAGUCCCCAGGGCAAGGUGCUUCAGGUCAUAGUAUGGGGCGACUAUGGACGAUUGGACCACAAAUGUUUCAUGGGUGUAGCACAGAUCCUAUUGGAGGAGCUGGACCUCUCAAGCACGGUGAUUGGCUGGUACAAACUGUUUCCGCCGUCCUCAUUGGUGGACCCUACAUUAGCUCCGCUUACGCGGCUGGCGUCUCAGACGUCAUUGGACAGCUCAGGACCGCCACCAGGCGUUCGGUCCUAGUGACCGAAUGGUGACCACAAAACAAACCCCCACCCUAAACCCCCCCAGAGUAUCCCUUAAAUGACAAACUAAUGGACCACAGCUGCUGGACCAGAACUGAGCAGAGGGCGAGAACACAGCCCCGAGGACAACGACGAGAAGCCCUCGGUCAACCAGUGAAAAGCCAGACGGAGCGACAGGGAAUGAGAGAGAGAGAGAAAGAGAGAGAGGGAGAGACAGAACUAGCCAAUCAAAGCUUAGCUGGAGUCUGACAAUCACGUCUCACACCUUCCCUCUUCCUCCUCCGUAUGCCUUUUUGUUUUCAAAGCUUUGCUUUCUUUGUUUUCUCCUCCGAGCUGCAGCGGUGGAGGUCUCCGUCCAACAUUCUCCUCUGAUGUUCUUUCUUUAUUUUUCUCCUUAACUUCCGUGUGCAGGCCCUUAUCAGAGCACCCGAUCAAAGUGGAGUCCUCCACCUAGUAGCGCUCCGGCCAAUCAGAGUAGAGCUUUUACUGCUAUGCCACAAGGAUGAGCGGCGUAAACAGGAGGUAGUAAACCGACGCAGCUACACCGCCGCUUAGAAGGUCGGCUGUUGUCUCUGCCGGUGUUACCGUGGUAACAGUAUCGUUGUAAAUGAGCACGUGGGGGGCAGCGGUCUUGUCUCCUCUUCAGGUGAAGGGAACCUGCACACGCACGUGCACAUUCUCAGCCUUGUUGUGACGUAUGAAAGCAAGCACAAGAGAGGCUUGACUCCUUUAUCGAGACAGAGGCGAACAAAAGGUUUUGCUCUUUGUCCAAACAAAGACGAAAGAACAUAGAGGCCAAAUCGACUAUUUGCUUUUUAUUCUUUCAUUUGGAACUUUUUUUAUUUCUGUCUUUGUUUUGCCCAGAGUUCAGAACGGCACCGUCAAGGUGCAGACUCCCUCUGUGUACGUGUACGUUUGGUUUUCGAGCGACGGUGCACCAACGGCCGACGAUAAAGGUCAGGUCACAUUCGCCCAAACACCAUUCGCCCAACCCCUCAAACCCUCACCCCACCAACACCCCUGGUCUCCUCCCCCUUCCUGAACCCUCAAACUCCCCCUGUAAGGAGGGAGCAAGCAUGACUCGGGGACACCCCCACUCCUACCCACCACCACCACCACCACCACCCCCCCUCCCGGCCCCCCAAAGCUGCAUGCACGUUUCUUUCGUUCCGUUUGUUUCGUUUUUUUGUUUUGUUCUCUACUUUUUUGUAAAAUAGAAGACGAGACAAAUUUAAGGAACAAUUCUCAAAAAAACAAAAACAGAAAAAAAGACUAGACUAUGUGUGUUAGUUCCACAUAAUUUUAGGCCAGCUUGUAUGUUGCAUGUUCUUGUACAGUUUGCUCGUACUGAAUAUGAAUACAAAUCGAGAAAAGCCAAGCCAUCCCCGCCCCCCCCCCUCCCCUAACAGGAGCGGACCAAUAGGGGAGGGGAUCAACUCCGCCCAGGCCACGUCUACCACUCUGGGUCUAAAUAUACAUAUUACGAAGUCUCCAGAAAAAAAAAAUUCUCUUUGUUUCAGUUUUGUUUUUGUUCGUUAGUUUGGUUUGGUUUUGAACCCUUUGAACAACAGUGCUGUUCUGUAGUACUGAGCAUACUCAAGCCCCUGGCGUAUCUGAGGGUGUAGGUGUCUAAACUGUAGUUUAACACAGUCGGGGCUAGAGACAGAGAUAGAGAAUGUGUGUAUAACAGCUAAAUGUAUAUGAAGUAUCAUUAUGAGUUUGACAGAAAUUAUAAAGAUAUAGAUAUAUGAAUAUAAAAAGAGUGUAUCUGACUGCACACCCGUCACCAACAUGCACACACACACACACACACCACACACACACACACACACACACACACACACACACACACAC